AUUCGACGGGGCCCGCUUUCACGUUUACUCGGUGUCCCAAGUGUACUGUUACUCAGCGGUGCCGUUUGGCUGAAGCCUUGACAUGCUUUUGUAUGCAUAUGUCGAUUUCGGAAUGGUAUUUUGCGUGCUCAUUUCGGAGCAGUGGCGAGCCUAUAAUGUGGCCGACAUCUCUGGAGCUUCUGUACUCGGCGCUGUGCAUUCAUCCUGAGUGGUUGCUUGUACCACUAAAGUGGCUGCCCAGCAGAGAUACGAUGCGGCUAAAUCACUUUAGAAAGGUUGUGAUGAAGGUGCCCCGGCUCAGGACGACGUUCUCCCCACCGCAGAGCCUAUCACUACUCUAGAUGGUCAAGCACGUUCGCAGGUCCCUAUUUCGAAGGGACAAGUCGUCGUGACUUCUGUGUAUACCUAUAAUCGACUUCCGUCUGUAUGGGGAGAUGAUGCUGAAGAGUGGAAUCCUCGUCGAUUUCUUGA